AUGUCCAACCCGCCUCCCAUAGUCCUCGAUGGCGGCACCGGCUUUCUUAAGGUCGGCUAUGCCGCCCAAAACUUCCCCGAGUUCCAGUACCCGUCCAUUGUCGGCAGACCGAUCCUCCGUACCGAAGAGAAGGGAGGCAGCGACAUGGUCAUCAAGGACAUAAUGUGUGGAGACGAGGCGGCCGCCGCCCGCACCAUGCUCCAGAUCAGCUACCCGAUGGAGAACGGCAUCGUCAAAAAGUGGGACGACAUGCAGCACCUGUGGGACUACACAUUCUACGAGAAGAUGAAGGUUGAUCCCCGCGGCCGCAAGAUCCUUCUCACCGAGCCGCCCCUCAACCCCCUCAAGAACCGGGAGCAGAUGUGCGAAGUUAUGUUUGAGCGCUAUGGGUUUGGUGGCGUCUACGUUGCCAUCCAGGCCGUCCUGGCGCUGUACGCUCAAGGUCUCAGUUCAGGUGUGGUUGUCGACUCCGGUGACGGCGUGACGCACAUCGUUCCCGUCUACGAAUCCGUUGUCUUGAACCAUCUCACACGUCGUCUCGACGUGGCUGGCCGUGAUGUCACUCGCAACCUUAUCGCCCUUCUCCUCCGCCGGGGAUACGCGUUGAACCGGACCGCCGACUUCGAGACGGUACGCCAGAUCAAGGAGAAGCUCUGUUACGUUUCUUACGACCUGGAGUUGGACAAGCGGUUAAGCGAGGACACGACGGUCUUGGUGGAGAGCUACACGCUGCCGGACGGGCGUGUCAUCCGCGUGGGAUCAGAACGGUUCGAGGCGCCCGAGUGCCUGUUCCAGCCGCACCUUGUCGACUGCGACCAGCCCGGCAUUGCUGAGUUCCUCUUCAACACGAUUCAGUCAGCCGAUGUCGACGUCCGCUCGUCUCUCUUCAAGGCCAUUGUUUUGUCGGGCGGCAGCAGCAUGUAUCCGGGUCUGCCAUCGCGUUUGGAGAAGGAGCUGAAGCAGCUGUGGCUGACGAGGGUACUGGGAGGAAACCCGGAACGGCUGAGCAAGUUCAAGGUCAGGAUAGAAGACCCGCCGCGGCGGAGGCACAUGGUCUUCCUCGGCGGUGCGGUGCUGGCCAACAUCAUGGCGGACAACGACAACAUGUGGAUCUCAAAGCAAGAGUGGGAGGAGCAAGGUCCCAGAGUCCUGGAGAAGCUGGGUCCCAGAUAA